AUGGCGAUCCCCAUCACAAUUCGUCCAGCAAUUCCCUCCGACGCCCAAGCCAUCGCAACCAUCCACAUCGCAUCCUGGCGCGCCGCAUACAUCAACAUAGUCCCACAACACCACCUCGAUAACCUCAGUCUCGACGACAGAAUCGCCUUCUGGCACAGAAUCCUGGGAGGUGAGGAUGAAAGGGGCAAUGGUAGUAUUCUUGUUGCCGAAGAGCAAAUCAACGCUCGGGAAUCGCGUCUCCUACUUGGGUUUGUGACGUUUGGCGCUGCCGCCGCCGCCGCCACCGCAAACCCCUCAUCUCCUCCAAGUGAUGAGCAACAGAGGACGGCAGAGUUGCGUGCUAUUUACAUUGAUCCGAAUCGCUGGACCAAAGGCAUAGGCCAAGCAUUAUGGAAAGCAGCUCGACAGCAACUUGUCGAACAAAAAUUUACCUCUGUGGUGGUCAAUGUGUUUGCGAAGAACGAAAGAGCGAUGAGAUUUUAUCGUGCUGUUGGGUUUGUAGGGGAGGCAAAGGGGUCGACUGAGGUUGGGGGAGAGAGACUUGAGACGUUGAGGAUGAGGAUGGGACUUGAUUGA